CGCCACUUUCUAUCGGCUAAAUCCAUCGUCUGAUGCUCUCGCAAUCAUUCGGUGAGCGGUGAAAUUGAUAUCAGAAAAUUUCUUGCUGCAUUUUCAUUUUAGAUUUGGUCGGAUAAAGAAGGUGGAAGAUGCAAUUAUCUGGAUGUUUGUUUGCAGCGGGUGUCUGCUUGCUUGCCCUGCCAGCAGCGCUCGCUAUAUGCCCACCAGCAGAUAGGGUGAUGAUUUCCGGCUGGUUCCAAUUUGGCAGAGCAUGUAUUGGAAUCUCACAUCGCAUCCGGAUGACCUUCAAUGAAGCCACAUUCUUUUGCAACAGGUAUGGUGGCUCCCUCUACGCUCUGGACUCACCAAGUAAAAACCGAAUCAUGCUCAGCUACCUGACGACCGUGUUUGGUCAGGGAAGACGUCAGAAGUUUUGGACCGGGUUCUACAAGGCAGAGAAUGCGUUGGGCUGGCGAUGGUCUACUGGUUCGACGUCACAAUACACAGAUUGGGAAGCAGGUAAACCAGCAACCACUAACGAAGCUAUUGGCGCUGUAGCAUGGGGUGGUACUCAUCAUUGGUCAGAUACAUGGCAAGACGAGCCAUUGUCUGCUUCCUUUGCUUUUAUAUGUCAAGCACCAGCGCUGACUGCGAAUGGAGAACCAUUUCCAACUCCUACGAUCCCACCUAUGCAGCCAGGAUUCGGCCCAGGACCAAAUAAUCCAGGAGUUGGCCCAAAUACGCCAAAUAAUCCCUUCAUGCCUGGAACUGGUCCUCUGAGCCCAGUCAACCCAGGCAAUCCAGGAGCUGCUCCAAUCAACCCAGGUGUUGGUCCAAUGAAUCCAGGCACUGGCCCACUGAACCCAGGUCCUGGUCCGAUUAACCCAAAUGCUGGUCCGGUUAACCCCGGCGUUCGACCUGGAGCUAGGCCUUACUACCCUGGCGGAAGACCAACCAAUCCGCGAAGUCCUGCUAUGUUGCAACGUAUAAGUGGAUAUGCACCACACACACAGAAUAUGAUGGCUAUACCUUGAUGAGAGAUACGGUUUAUUUAGUCUUAUUUCUACAUGAUUAUAUAUAUUGUCUUUAAGACUGUUUUCAGAAAUUAUAAUAGGAACUUUCCAGGAACUGUAAUGGGGCAGUGAUGUCAUUUAACGGUGUAAACAUGAUUGAAAGGCAUGACGAAAUAUCAAGACCGACCUACCAGGUGUACAUUGAUACGAAGUCUUUCGACGUUGGAUCUCCUCCAAAAGAUGUUUGGAUUUCGAACUUUUCUAAUGCCUCUGAUAAAUGCAUUUUUUCUGCAGUGUCGUUUUUUGCACUAGAUGUAGCCUUUGGGUAAAUUGAUACGACGUCAAUAUCCAACCGUCGUUUAACCUGGUUGUUAUAAUAGUGAGUCAUCUAAUAGCCACUACCAAAUCAGUGUAGAUUUUAAAAACAAAUAAGUUUUUAACACAACAGUGGAAUUGCAUGUUGUUCACACAUUAGCCUUUUAGGCGUGACGCUGGAUUUAAACAUGGACCUACUACGAAUGAUUUAGACAUUGUUUUCAAAGAAGUAAUUUCUUCGAAAUAUUCUAAAUAUUGAUCAAACGUUACAGUGUUGGCUUUUUUGUCCUCUAUUGAUACCACAAGGUGUCACAGUCCAAAACAGUUGCGAAUAUGUAUUUUCUUUUCUUUUAUAGUUGAGUAAUAUCAAGUAAUCUUUUACCUUCCCUAAGGCUUCGGUAUCUUGUGUACAGGUUUCUGUAAUGUCUUAUCCACUUCAUGUGUUUUUAUUUCUUUUCCUUUUUGCAUAGUUUAUUUCAAAGCUAACAUUUUUCGAAGAAUUUAUUCAUAACCACAUAACAUAUGUGUAUUGACAUGAACAACAAAAACAAAUGAUGACGUGAUUUGACCAAAAUACUGCUGAAAGUUGGUCGAAUACAGUCAUAAUUACCCUCCUAAUUUUUAUUUUUGUUCAACCUCUGAAUCUGUCUGAUAUAAAAACAGAUUUAGGUUGCUCAAUUUCCUCUUUACUUUUGUCACUUGCAGUAACCAUAUUUUAGACAAUGAGGCUCGUUUGUGAGCGAAAUUCCUCCUGAGAUUGUAAUAUGGUUAGGUUUGGAGUACAACUGCAAAAUAAUACAUUUUCUAUAAUGAUACUAUUUAAAAAUGUAUUUUGUCGAGAUUUUCUUUUUGCAUCUACAAUAUAGAUUACGUUUGUAAUUAACGAAGUUUUGUGGUAUGUAUUUUUCCUAUUCAGUGUAUAAAAUAUACGAUGAAAAAGAAGAAGAAUCAUUAAAAAUGAAUAUAUAUUGUACAAAGUGUAAUAAAAUGAUUAAUGAUA